AUGCGGGUCGGCACGCUGCUGUCGGCCUUCGCCGUGUUCCCUACUGUCGCACUGGGUGCAGACACUGCAGUGGCAGUGCCACGGGGGGACCCAAAGCGCCAAUUGGUCGCCGAGUUCUGGGGCUUUGGCUCUUCGUCGUCGCCGUGCAAGUGCAAGUCCACUCCGCGUCCGUGUCUGUUCAUCCACGGCGAGAACAACGAAGAGGAGAAGGAGAAGCUCCAGUCGUCGUCCGACUUGUUUGGCGACAUGGAGGGCCACGCGCCUUGCUGCUCGUCGAUCCAGUAUGCGUCGCUGGACACGAUCAACUUUGGCUGGACGAGCGAGAAGCUGCAGGAAAAGGUGUGCGGCCACGCGCUGUCGAUGAGCGAGUCGAGCGACGCGGCCGAAGGCGUCAUCAAGGACACGAUCCUCGUGACCCACUCGAUGGGGGCCCUGAUUGUGGCCGGCGCCGUGGCGAACGAGAAGUGCACUAUGGACAAGAGCACGACGUGGGUCAGCAUGAGCGCGCCAAUGAAUGGCACUAUGCUGUCGAACUACGUCCAAGACAAGUGCACGGACGACGACAUGCAGGCGUUCAAUAAGAUUUUGACGCUGGUGGACGAAUGCCCGGCUGACGCUGGGAUGAAGUCCAUCGCGUACAUGGGCGGCAAGUACAGCUCACUAGCGCUCAACAAAGCGUUUGAGGAGGCCCAGGAAGUCUACCGUGACCACGUGUCAGCCGCCAUGUGCAGCAACGAUAAUGCUGGGAUCAACUCGAUGUCCAAGGCAAGGUACCUGUACCUCGGCAGUAAGAUCGAGCAUGGUACUGGCGAACAUGAUGGCAUUGUGACGUUCCAGAGCUGCCGAGGUGGCCUCCCGGCGUCUCAGUUUACCAACAGUCCCAGCAAUCGAUUCUACGCGUCCGAGUGCAACCACGUGGAUACUGCAUUUAAGAACGGUAACAGCUACUCGAAUGACGCGCGCAAACCGGUGCAGUGGUUUGAGUGCCUGCUCUAA